AUAGAAUUAAUUACUCUACACCUAUAGAGAGAGAAAAAAAACAAAAAAAAAACAAAACAAAACAUGAAAAUUGUUGUUGUCUUUUGAUCGAAACAACAAAGUACUACCGUUCUGUUUUGGUUUGACAAUAAUCUGGGAGAGAGUACGAGGAGAUAUGUACAUAAGUGGCGGUUCUUCUUCCAUGGGAAGGUCUUUCAAGGAAUCUCUUAAACUUCUUGAAGCUGAUAUUCAUCACGCAAAUACCUUAGCAUCGGAUUUUCCUAGAGAAUACGAUGGUGCGUGCCUUCAGAUGAGAAUGUCAUACAGUCCUGCAGCACACUUGUUUCUGUUUCUGGUACAAUGGACAGAUUGCAAUCUUGCUGGAGCUCUUGGAUUGUUAAGAAUCCUAAUUUACAAGGUGUAUGUAGAUGGGACAACUACCAUGUCAACACAUGAAAGAAAAGCAAGUAUUAGGGAAUUCUAUGCGGUCAUAUAUCCGUCUUUAAUACAACUUGAAAGAGGUGUCACUGAUGCGGAAGAUAAAAAGCAGAAGGUUGUAUGCAUGGAACGGUAUCGUAGAAGAGACGACGAGGAGCAAAAGCAAUCCUCAGACAUAGACCUUGAAAGAGAAGAAGAGUGUGGAAUAUGUAUGGAGAUGAAUAAUAAGAUUGUAUUGCCCAACUGCAACCAUGCCAUGUGCCUCAAAUGUUACCAUGAAUGGAGAGCAAGAUCACAGUCAUGCCCCUUUUGUCGUGACAGUCUUAAAAGAGUGAACUCGGGCGAUCUCUGGGUAUUCACCGAUAGUAGAGACAUAGUAGACAUGGAAACAGUGACAAGGGAGAAUCUCAGAAGGCUUUUCAUGUACAUAGAUAAGUUACCUUUGAUCAUUCCAGAUUCUCUUUUUGACCCUUAUGACUCUCACUUAAGAUAAAGGGGUUCUGUGUUAUAGUCACAUAAACUUUGAAUGUAGUGAUUUGGUGAAAUUAGUUUAUAGAGUUGCAGUUCGUUCUUCCACGUCUUCCACAAGUAUCGAGCCUUGAGUUUGCGAUUGGUUGGUGAAGUUGAGAUGGUAAAUUGUAUGUAGCACAUUUGUAUAUCUUUGUACAGAUUGAAUUACUUUUUUUUUUUGAAUAACAAAAGUUUGGACCAUUUAUCGA